AUGCCUGUUCGACACCGGGCGGAUUCCUCGCCCAUCAGAGGCUCAGAGCACCAGGGCGGCCCGCGGGUACUGAUAACGUCGCCGUCUCUACGGUCAGUGGACAAUCGGUUCCGAAGAAGCUCGCUGGGGGCCGUGGAAGCCAUCAAGUCUCGGGCCAGACGAGACACAACUACAAGCAGCGACAUGUCGUCUGAUAUUGAACUAGACCCCGAGGCCAUGAAACGACGGCAGAUAAAGUUCUCAAAACACGAGAACGAGACGUUUGUCCCACGGGAAGAGGACGAAGACGCAGAAAGCGAGAAGUUAGAAGAAGAAGUCGAGAUGGAGGCUGAACUUGCAAAUGGAGGACUAGGAGUGCGCCGGGAUGAUCAUGAUCAUGACGACGACUCGAUUGCCGGGUCCGUUGAGUCUGCUAUAUCUUCGGACUUUGGACAUACAGCUGGCUCAGGCUCGCUGUUGGGCCGGGGUGGACUGGGUGCUUCGUCACCCUUGAUAUUGAACAAGAUACCCAAGUCAGGCGGCAGUGGGAAUGCAGCGCCGUCUGUAUCGGCUACAGCCUCGGGAGCAGCAUCAGCUGCAAAUACCUCGCCGAGAAAGGAUAGGGAUGCAGGGACGAGUACGCCAGCGCUGCCUAGAUUACCGGCUGCACAGGCGAUCACACCACACCCAGAGCCCGUCAGCCUGCUGUCCAACAUGCUGAAUGCGCGCAAAAAGGCGCCAGAGAACCCGAUGGAGAAGUAUGCUGCUCUGUCGGGCAAAGGAUCGUCGGAAACACCGUUGUAUAUCAAGCUGUAUACGCCCGGUGCUGAAGACCCGGAAGAGCCGAUGGACAUGCCCCUGACCAAGGACACCAAGGACGGCGACCACUCGCGGCCCGUCACUGUUGCAGAGGCUAUUGGGCUUGCUCUCUGGCGGUAUACGGACGACAAGAUCCAGCCUGCCAUUGACGCAUCGAAACUGGGGGUGAAUUACUGGAAUCUACGCAUGGUUGAGGAUGGAGAAGUUGACUAUGACUUCCCGCCGUUAGCCAGGAAACGGCCGAUUACAGACUUUACGUCGAAUAACAACCGGGCAGCCGGGUUCAGAGGCCGGUCGAGAAGCAAACCGUACGAUGAGUUUGCGCUGGUGGAGGCCUCGCCUGCGGAGUUUGCUGAGAACGAGGCUGCGUGCCCCGGGGAUAGCAUAGCCGUACCGGAGGCCUCUACACCUACGGCUACACCACCAACGGAAGCAGCAAAUACACAAAGAGGAACAGCUGCCGCACCAGGUCUACCGGCAAACCACAUCAAGGUGGCCAUAGGCGGACGCAUGAACCCGAUCCUGGGCCAGCCAUUCAGCUCUGCGCUCAACGACAGCUCACUGCGGCCAGCCGACCUGCCGGCCAUCCCUACGAUGCAGGCCACGCCUCGCCUGGGCGUAUCAACCCAGCUGAAAGUGCGGUAUGUCGACCUGGAGGCAUCCACACGUACCACAACCCUCAACACCUCCACCGACAGUUACAUCGCCGAGAUCCUGGACUCGGUAUGCAAGAAAUGGCAGCUGGACAAGGGCAACUACCUGCUCAAGAUCAUGAACACCAACACCGUCGCACCGCUGGACCGCACCGUUGAGGCCCUGGGCACAAACACAGACCUCGACCUGAUCCGCCGCCGUUUCGGCGCAGGCCCGUUGUCUCUCAUGGGCUCGCCUGGCAGCUCAUCCCCCAGUGCACCCUUGCUCGUCGACACCAGCACCAACGGGGCCUCGAAGAAGAGCAAGAAGAGCGCCGCCUCACGCAUGCUGCAUCCUCUCUCGCAGAAGCAGGACGUGAUUGUCGGCGGCUACUAUAAACGCUACAAUGUCAUUCGCAAGCAGUCCAUGUCCUUCACCACGUCCAGCCAGCGCGUGUUGGCGUUUGACAACGACUACAUGCACAUCAUGCCGGCGGAGACGGGCAAGACGCUGUUUGAGGCCAACAGCAAGACGACAUCAAUCUCGUUUUGCGAUGUUAUUGGGUCGAAGGUGAGCAGGCGGCAUCCGAAAAGCUUCCGGUUUGUCGUCGUCAGGGGCGCGGAUGCGACGGACCAGAAGAGGUAUGACUUUGAGGCGAGGAAUGCGGUUGAAGCCAUCGAGAUUGUCGAUGAGAUCAAGAAGAACAUGGCCCAUUACCGGCUGUGA